AUGGGGGACUGGAACUUGUUGGGGAGCAUUUUAGAGGAGGUCCAUAUUCACUCCACAAUCGUGGGUAAAAUAUGGCUGACCAUCCUGUUCAUAUUCCGGAUGCUGGUUCUCGGCGUGGCGGCUGAGGACGUUUGGGUGGACGAACAGAGUGAGUUCAUCUGCAACACAGACCAGCCGGGAUGCAAGAACGUCUGCUACGACCAGGCGUUUCCAAUAUCGCUAAUUCGCUUUUGGGUACUGCAAAUCAUUAUCGUUUCCUCACCUUCACUGGUGUACAUGGGACAUGCUCUGUACUGGCUGAGGGCUUUGGAGAAAGAACGGCACAAGAGGAAAAUCCAGCUGAGAGCCGAGCUGGAAGAGAUGGAAGCCCUCUUGGAGGGGCACAAGAAGUUGGAGAAGGAACUGAGGAAGCUAGAAGAGCAAAGGAAAAUUAGGAAGGCUCCUCUGAGGGGCUCCUUGCUGCGCACAUAUAUAAUUCAUAUCCUUACCAGAUCAGUGGUAGAAGUGGCAUUCAUUGUGGGGCAGUAUAUCUUAUAUGGGAUUGGACUGGAUCCUUUGUACAAGUGUGAGAGGGUGCCUUGCCCGAACAGCGUGGACUGUUACGUCUCCAGGCCGACGGAGAAGACCAUCUUCAUGGUUUUCAUGAUUGUCAUCGCAGGGGUUUCGCUGUUCCUGAACCUCUUGGAAAUAUCCCACUUGGGGGUGAAAAAAAUUAAACAGACUCUAAGCGGACUCCAGCUUGUGGAGGACAACAGUCUUUGCAAACCCAAGCACUCGACCAUUCAGCAACUGUGUGUAAUGACGAAUAUAUCCCCCCACAAAAACCCACAGUUGAAAACUUUUAUCCAACAGGGGCAAAUGGACCCUCCACUGUUCCAAACCAGAGCUUGCGUCGGCUCGAGCAACGACAUGCUGCAGCACAACAGUUUCAACGCAGCCACCCUCCCAGUGUCCUGCAUAACUCAGCAGCCCCGGCAAAUGCGGCAGCCUAGCCAGGGAAUGAUCCAUGAACUGCACUCCCAAGGGUCCAUGGAGAUACUAGAGGACAGGGAAAACCGCGACCAGCAUCUAGAAAGCAGUAACGGCUCAGAGAGGGAUGUUAGGUCUUUUAACUUGGGUCAUCUGGGUCCUGAGGGUCAUACGGAAAUACCAGCCUGCCUUCGCAACGCUCUUCACAGGCCCAGCCGUGUGCAAGACCUGGGGGACGAUGCUGUGGAGUCUUCCGAGAGCGACUUCUGUCCACCCAACAGGAAAGCCAGUUUUAUGGUCCGUAUGCCCUCGGACAGCAUUUCUGGCAGUCCAUCCUGUCUCUCCACAAGGAGUUCAGAGUCCGAGCUGGGCUCCCUCAACGACCUGCCAAUGAACCCACCACCAGGGGGAGGAAGACGGAUGUCUAUGAGUGUAUUCUUGGAUAUCUCUUCCAUCAUGAAAAAGUGAAAUUAAGAAGGACAGAAGGACAACAGGAAUGUAACAGUCCGUUCAUGAGCAGAAAUGAAUGGAAAUAUCAGCGACAAAGGCUCUGCUUGGAAAGCACUGGUUUAACACAGCUUCAACGUGGUAUAAGUUGUGCUGUUUUGCACUGUUCAUUUUUUAUUGGAAGCACCUUAAUUUACCAGUAAAGCAUGGUAUACAUUUUUCCAUGUCUAAUUAUGGAAGCCAAAAGACAUCUGUGCAGAUUUAUAAAAGCUUCAGACCUUCCGACAGCUGGCAAAUAAGAACAUUUUUAAAUCAUUUAGCUUACAUCCAUAAAUUGUGAUGCAAGCGGAUGGACUCUUACAUCAAAUUCAGAAGAAAAUAAAAGUUUUCUCAUUU